UGGGGGAGAGGGGUGAGGGGCGGGGCUCGCGUGAAGAUGGCGGGAAGUGACGCUCCCUUGCUGAGGCUUCCCCCGGAGCUGCUGGUUCACGUCGUGGCGCUGCUGCCCGGCCGCUGCCUCCCCGCCGUGGCGGCUUCGUGCCGCGCGCUGCGCCGCGUUGCCUUAACCGACUCCGUGUGGCGCCGCCGCUGCGAGGAAGAGUACGGUGUGCAAGAGGACCUGCACGCCAUGGAGGCGACGGGGAUGGCGUUCCGCGACCUCUACAUCAAACGUGUAAACCCCAGAGUCAAGUCAGGGAAGUACAUGAAACUGCUCCCAGAGUACGAAAACAUGGCCUACAGGGAUGUCUAUGUGCAUUUGCUGCACCCCUACCGACACAUCCUGGGGCUCUGGCAGCCGCUGAUCGGCCCCUACGGUGGCCUCCUCAACGUGGUGGUGGAUGGGCUGUUCAUCUUUGGCUGGAUGUACCUGCCGCCGCACGACCCGUGCGUGCGCGACCCCAUGCGGCGCAAGCCCUUGUUUCGCGUGCACCUCUGGGAGCGCCACCGCACGGAGGUGGAGUGCAUGUACGGCCACAGCGGCCCCCACCGCGGGCACAUCCGGAAAGGAAACGGCAGUGAACAUGGGCUGCCGAACGAAAAGGUUCACAAAAAGGAUGAAUUUUCCACCAAGUGCAUCCAGACCGACUUCCACCGAAUGUCAGGCGGCCGGCAAGAGGAGUUCCGCACGUGGCUGCAGGACGAGUGGGGGAAGACGCUAGAGGAGAUCUUCAUCGAGCACACGCAGGAGCUCAUCCUCAUGAAGUUCAUCUACACCAGCCAGUACGACAACUGUCUCACGUACAAGCGAAUCUUCCUGCCUCCGGAGCGACCCGACUCGCCGCUGCCGCCCGGCCUCUUCAAGGGCGCCUACGGGAGCCACGGCCUGGAGAUCGUCAUGCUGAGCGUGUGCGGGCGGCGUGCGCGCGUUACCAAGAUCACGGGCGACCCCAACGUGCCGGCCGGCCAGCUCACGCUUGAUGUCGACCUGUCCCUCCCGCUGGCGCUGAGCAGCCUCGAGCAGCAGUCCAACAUGGAGGAGCUGUCUCGCAUCGUCAACUCCAUCUGGGAGAGGGAGCGCGAGAGGGAGGCAGCGGCCGGUGAGCGCAGACCGGCGGCGGGCAGAGGGGAGGCAGAGCCCGAGGGAGCAGGACGAGGAGAAGGAGACUUGCCUGAAGAGGAGGAGGGUGGUGGUGAUGCGGCGGAGGUUGCGGAGGGCGGUGGAGAUGCUCGGCCUAGUGGCGAUGGGAGCGUCCACGCCGGCCGGGGUUCCCGGCCACGACCGUGCCCAGCGUCUCCGCGGCAGCAGCAGCGGCGGCAGGAGGAGGAGCGGCCGCAGGACCCCGUGGCGCAGAGUGGGCCGUCGCGGCGAGCAGGACCCUCGGAGGAGGGGAGACGUGAGGGGGUCGCUCCAGACGCCCCCCCCCCUCGGCGAGACGGCUCACCGGCGCUGCCUGCAGGGGUCGAGGACCAGCUCGACGACGACGACGACGACGAGGCGGGCGCGGUGGGCGGGGUCGGCGUUGGAACCGCCCGUUGGGAGGCGGAGCCCCCCCGUGGAAUCGACUCUGGGGAUCGGCAGGACUGGGCACGUGGCAGGAACCUGCGAUUGGACGAGGAUCGGAGUGGGCAGCCGGAUAUGGCGCCUGUGGUGGAGGAGGAGGGGGCCGAGAGGGUAGCAGCGGGGAGGGCACAGUGGGAGGCCGAGGGGGUGGUUGGGGGGGUAGAGGAGCAGGAGGAGGGAGAGGCUCACCUGGAGGAGUUCCACCUGCCAAUGGGGAUCAUUCCACGGCAAACCGACUACCCACGCACCUGCCGGGCCAGGUUCUACGGGACGGGGCUGAUCGCGGGGCACGGCUUCACGAGCCCGCAGCGCACGCCCGGGAUCUUCGUGGCAUUCGACGACGACACCUUCGGGUUCCUGUGGGUGGAGCUCAACUCGUUCAGCCUGUACAGCCGUGUGCACGAGCGGCUGAUGAACGCGCAGGCACCCUCUGCCACCGCCUUCGAGGCCAUGCUUGAGGAGCUCAGGACAGCGACGGCAUGAUGGGCAGAGGGCGGAGGAGGAGAGGGGUGCGCGCGAACAGGCGAGGGGAAGAGCUGGAGGCCUGGAGUGGGGGGGGGGGUGUGCGAUGAGGAGAUAGAGUAGGCCUCCUGCGUGCCCCCCCCCUCACCCCCCUUAAUCCGUGCUUCUCGCCGGAACGAGCCCCGAGCCAUUAAAUGUCACGAGCAGAGGUGUAAAUGUGCCAGUGUACGACGGCACGCCAUACCAGCACUUUCAGAAUGUUCCUGCUCCAAUAAUACGAUGUUUCAGCAGAGGGGAUACGGCAGUGAGUGUCCGAGCACAUCUGUGUGUGUGGGUAUGGAAAAGGCGUUCAUGACGCCUUCUGGCCAAACUCCAUCUGGCAGAGCCAGACUGAACCCCCUCUCUCAGGGUUUCUCCAGGAACAGGAGAACACUGCGAUUGGCCACUUGGAAUGUUCGGACUCUCGUUGCGGAGGAGAGGCUGCCACUUAUCUGUCGGAAGAUGGCUUGGUACUGCCUGGACCUCUGGAAUACAGGCGGCCCGGUGGACCGGUUCUGACUCCAGUCAUCAUGAGGGGUGGACAGUUCUCCACUCGGGGCAGGAAACUGCCAAACAACAGGGAGCGGUACUUCUUUUAAACAAAAUAAUGAAGAGGAUGUGGGAGCGUGGCGGUGAGGUGUGGGAAGCUGUAAGUCCCAGGUUACUGUGGGCUCACUUCCCAAUCAACAAGAGGCGAGAAAUGGUGGUGGUGGUUGUUUUCGACCCACUGAAGAUGAACGUCAGUGGAGGGAUGCAGACAAGGCCGAUGAGUCCCUCUAUAACCUCCUGUCCCAGGUGCUAGCUCAAGUGGCCCCUUGAGUCCUGUUGGUGUCUGCGUCAUGACCCGAGUGGGUCAUGACGCAAACACUUGGGUUGGAGUGAUCGGAACGAAUGGGUCAGAUCAGCUCAAUCAUAAUGGUAGGAGGCUGCUAGACUUAUGUGCAGCCAAUGGGCUUGUAAUUAACAAAAUACUGUUCCGGAAUUGGCAUAUCCACACAACAUCAUGGAUGCAUGCCUGGUCUAAGCAAAAACAUCUGCUGGACUAUAUAAUUAGGUACCAGCGGAUGCGGGCCCAAGUCCUUGACACCAGGACCUACCGUGGAGCUGAUCUGCCCACUCACCAUCGCCUUGUUAUCUGCAAGAUGCGCCUGCCAUUUGUCCACUCCGGCGGUGUGUGUCUAUCUAGGACCCCAUUAAAACCCACACUGGUCUGGUCUCAGCUAGCUGAGGAUAGUUGCACGCAAGAAUUUCAACAUCACUUGCAGCUGAGGUUGUAAUCGCCCCCCCCCCUCUCCUUCUGAUGCUGAGGGGAAAUGGGUGACGUUCAGGACUGUGGUUCAUGCAGCUACAAUGGCUGCAUUGGGUAUGCAGUCCAGACCUCCCCAGAGACCCUGGCUGAAGGAGGAGGUGUUCCGGCUGGUUGAGUGGAAAGUGACAGGCCCACUCCCAUCGUCUACAACAUCCAACAUUGGAGGAUGAGGAGGCUUGCCGCAGCCUUCACAUGGAGAUUAGGAGAGCCUUGCGGCACUGCAAGGAUGAGUGGUGGGCACGUUGCUGAGGAGAUGGAAUUUGCCUCAGUAGCCCGCAAUCACAAAUCGCUAUUUAUAUAAAAACUGUUACUUGCAGUGCCUCACCUAUCACCAUCCUUGAGGGAAUGCACAGUGAUCUGAUUUCUGACACCCAGAAACAGGUAUGCAGGUUUGCAGAGCAUUUCUGUGAGGACUUGGGGGAGGAGAAUUCCCUCAGCCCAGAACAUGUCGUGGGGCAAGGUGGUGACUACCCUGCUAGGACUGCCGUGUCUCAAAUAUUGGCAGAAGUAGCCACCCCCCUUCCGAGUAGCUGGCUGAGGUGCCAUCUGUGGAUGAAAGACGGGGGGCGAUCCGGAGUCUGAGACCAGGAAAAGCACCGUGCAGAGACACUAUCCCAAGCGAAAUGCUACGGGAGGGUGGCAUCUGUGUGCAGACUGCCCUACAUGACAUCAUCACAACUGUCUGGACCACAGGAUGGGUUCUACAGGAUUGGAAGGAUGCUCUGGUGGUCUCCCCUCUUUUAGAGGGGGGACCGCACAGAUUGUACAAACUACAGGGGCAUCUCUCUUCUGAGUGUGCUGGGUAAGGUCCUGGGAAGGAUUAUUUAUUCAACAUUGCCUUACCAGGCACGCUGAGGACAGGCAUCUGGAGCCCCAAUGUGAUUUCAGACCAGGGCGGUUUUGCACAGAUGCCAUAUUAUCUGUUUGUUUGCUACAGCAGAGGUGUAGGAAAUUCUAGCAAAACAAACAUCUCUGCUUUAUUGACCUGGUCAAGGCCUAUGAUACCAUCAACAGGCCACGGGUUUGAGCUGUUCUUCGUGCUUUUGGAGUCCCUGACUCUCUGCUCACAAUCAUUAAGGGCCUUCAUGAUGGUGGACAGCCCUGGGUAAAGCUACUUGGCCAGGAGUCAGAGCCAUUUCCUGUUCACCUUGGGGUGUGACAGGGAUAUCCUCUGGCUCCUACUUUAUUUAAUGUUUUCAUGGCUGUAUCGGAGGAAUUUCCAUCUUGCACAGAUACAGUCAGAAGCUGAUCGAUGCCCAGGUGCGGUCGAGGGAUGGCUCCCUAUUGGUCAACCAUGUUAUGUAUGCUGAUUAUUUGGUGAUUGCUGCUCACUCACAGGAGGAGUUGGAGGCGCUGCUGCUGAACCUGGAGUGUGCCACGAAGAGGUGAGGUCUUACCAUCAGCCCCACCAAAACUAAGCACUUGCCUGGGUAUUUUGUGCCACCAAACGCUCCACCCCCUCAGCUCCCCAUUGGUGAUAGAACAGUUGUGGAGGGAGUGGAACGUUUUCCAUACCUGGGCAGUGUGCUUAUGACCAGCUCCGGUGUGACAGCAGAGGUCUCACUCCGAAUCGGGCGCCAUUAUAUUUUCAUCGGUUGCGUAAUGCUGUGUGGAAGCUACCUGGUCCGUCGCUCCACAGGAAGCUUCGGGUCUUCUCGGCCACAGUCAUGCCAUCCCUUCUCUAUGCUUGUGAAACGUGGACCCCUCUAAUCUGUGCUGGUUAGAAACAGGCUGGCCUACCUAUAAUCCAUCCUGGGUUUAACCAGGCUGGAUUGUGUGAGGAACUCACAUAGCCUUGAAAGAUCUGGAAAUGUUCCCAUCAGUCAGCUCCUCUGGCAGGCAAUGCUGCGUUGGCUGGGUCAUGUAGCCUGCAUGCCCAGUCAUCGCAUGCCCAAGCAGCUUACAUUUGGCCAGAUAGGGUAAAACAUGGCAUGACAUGGGCUGCAGAAGAGAUGGACUGAUGCAGUACGAGAGGAUGUGGAGCUGAGUGGACUUGCCAAAGACUGGUACCAACGGUGUCAAGGUUGGCCUCUAUAAAAGAGGCUCGUAAAGGAUGUUCCUGGGCCGUUGAACGCAGUCGCCUUCCAACAACAUCUGAGGGCAGAGGAGUGACGCUCAAAACAAUGAGUGAAGCCCGGGCAGCUAACAUGCAGCAAGUUGGCACAGUAGGGGGUAGGGCUGAACGAAUAAUCGAUUUCAAAUCGAAAUUUGAAACGUUGCGAUUAGCAAAUCGCAAAGGCUGCGAUUUUUUGCGAUUUGAAAAGUCUUAUUAUUGGAAUUGUUUUUAUUUAUUAUAACCUUAUUUAUGUAACUUAACAAUUGUUCUAUUUGGUUCUAUUUCAAUUAAACAUUUUAAUAAAUACAUGUUGGAAGCAAUUAAUAUAUUUUAAAUUAUCAUCCUUGCAUUAGAAUAUAAAGAGCAGUUCAUAUUUUUAUGGUACCAUGUGGUAUUGCUCCAUCACAUGUUUUAAAUCUAUUACUCAAUGAAUAUUGAGCUGAAGCUUGACUUAAUUUUUUGGUUAUCGCAAAUCAAGUCGCAAUCGCAAUAUCUGUCAGAAAAAUCGCAAUUAGAUAUUUCCCCCAAAUCGUUCAGCCCUAGUAGGGGGUACAGCUGGUGCAUCUGCCAGUGAUUUCAGUUAACCCAUGGCACCUGGGUCUGUCACAUGACCUGUCAGCGAGCCUUCGACACUUCACGUGGCCUCAAAGUGCACCUGGCCUGGCAUAGGCGCCAUGGUGAUGGCAACGUCACUUCGUGACGAUUGGUGGGUAGUACUAUUGUUAUUGGUUUGUGUGUAUAUGUGUGUGUAUGGGGAGUGUUCGUGUAGGAAUUAGCGUGCUGCACUUUAAACCCGACGACCCGACUUGGAUUCUCGUUCAUGGCCAACAACGGUGACGAUUAUCUGAACUGGUCCUGGGCCUCCCCGAGGUAGACUCAGCCUCAAAUGAGUAACAUCGCCACUAGGGAGACAAAGGCGGCCGGGCGCGAUGCGGGCGACCUACCCCCUCGUGUGCUGUGCCGACCUUCAUAGGCGCUUGCUAACAGCACUUGUCCCGACAGUCUGUCAAGACUGCACGGGGGAUCUUUGUGUGCGGCAUGCACCGAGUCCGUUGACGUGGCCUCUGGGACGAAGAGCGUCUCAUCCCGGCACUGCCGCUUUCACACUUCGCCCCCUGUUCACAUGUGAACGUAACGGCAGCGGUAGGAGCCGGGUGAAUAACGCCGUCUGGCUCACCGAGGCGGCAGGGCAGGGCGGACGAACGUCGCAGGGCCGAUGCGUUUUGUGACAAGGGAAUGAACGUGCAGGGCGCACGGGGGCCCUGGCGCUCGAUUCCACGACCCCAGCAAUACCGCACGACGGCAGCGGCAGCACGGCAAGUAAGAAACCCAGGGAAGUGUUACACUCUUUUUGUGUGGAGGGGGUGGAUCGCUGCAAAAUCAGGGACCGUGAGAGCUCAAGUUGUGCGAGGCCGUCUCUUGUACCCGUGCGCGCGCGUCCAUGAAGCUCGUCUCCCCACCUCGGUGACGGCGGCGAGUGUGGAGUGGGGCUGGGGCGGGGGGAGGGGUGAGCUUGGCAGCGUUUACAAUGCACUGUGUAUGUAUAUUUAUAGUAUCGUAAUUAAUGAGUGUAGUUAUCUAUGUGACCUUUGCACCUCCUAAUUCACAGCCACUCGCACUCCUGGCUGGGCUGCUGGGUGUGCGCCUGCAUUCAGCCGUGGGGAUAGUCCCAAUGGGUGGCAAGGUCCCAGGUUGGUCCCACCCCAGUACCGCACUAGUACCGCACCAGUACACCAGUUACACACCGGUAACACGGCAGUGCUACACCAGUAAGUAACCACUGGGACAUAGCCUCUGCGGCACCGGGACAUGAGUUGUGAAGUUUGAGGAAGCGUUGGUCUCCCCGUGAAGGACGUCAAUUCGGCAAUUCGCGAUGCGGUGAUGAGCGAGAUCGCCUGGCGGACAUUGGCGCCUCUACCUCGCGCGCUCACGCCGUCAGUCCGCCGCCCGAGUACCUGCAGACUGCGGAAAGAGUCCACGAUCAUCGCGAGGGCAAAACUAAACAUCCUCCCAGCCGUGACCGCGAAUCAUGAGAUCGGUUACGGCACGCGAACCGGCUCGUGCGUAUUGCAUCAUCGCAGCGGACGCAAACCCCGGGAUUUAGAUUCAGCUGGGUCGGCCACCCGGCACACCGUAUCCAGAAUACCUCGCGCUAUGGCCGUUCGCUACUCGUCACGUGGAACCGUACUGCAGAGAUACGAUCCGGGGGAAAAAAAUUCGUAAGGAAUGAAGCCCUGAAUAUGAUGUGGCUCUGCCACAUGGUCUGUGACACACCAAUCACACCCCGACGUCAUUCACAAACAGACAUGGGUUGCUGUGUCACGCGCAUCAUCCAGCGAGGUCUAUAGGAUGGGGUUGAUCGCGAUAUGAACACUAUACUGGGGGGAGGGGGUGGUCAAGGGAAUUGUGGGGGGCCAUCGCUGUCAUCCCCCGCCCCCCCCCCGUCUUGUCCCCACCCCACAGCGGAACUCCGGCCGGCUCGUUCGCUCGCACCGCUGGAAUGUGCAAUGCGCGUGGCAUUUCUGUUGAAUAAAACGUCCACGGAGCGCCCCGUUGGGCAG